AUGCAGGCCGAAGCUGCAAACUUAUGUACCAUGGAGGACUUUGAUGCCACCUUGAUACCAGUGGAGAUUUUACCCUGCGAUGUGACAAGGAGUAGACCAAUGGAUUCCCAGUCCAUCGUUGAAUUGGGUAAACAACUACUGGAAUGCGCCAAAAUUGGAGAUACAGAUUUGGUUAGGGACCUCAUGUGUAGAGGUGCCCCAUUCACAACGGACUGGCUUGGUACUAGUGCCUUACAUCAUGCAGCUCAAAAUAAUCAUUUGGAAACAGCUGAAGUACUGCUAAGAGCUGGGAUAUCCAGAGAUGCGAGGACCAAGGUCGAUCGGACACCUCUGCACAUGGCAGCUUAUGAAGGUCACCAUCAAAUGGCUCAGUUACUUCUAAAUUAUGGAGCUGAAGUGGACAGCAGAGAUAUGCUAAAAAUGACACCCUUACAUUGGGCUGUAGAACAAGAGCACAUUGAAGUACUGCUCAUAUUACUAGAAAAUGGAGCUAAUCCCCAUUCUGUGUGUAAAUUCAACAGAACGCCUCUCACCCUUGCAUUAGAGCAUCAGCGGUUAGAUUUUAUUGAAUUACUACAGCAAGAACGAGAAAUGGUCAAUAUACAACAAGAGGAGCUUGAUUCAAGUGAUAUUGAAGUGGCAACGCAAAAUCUGAUGCAAUUGGAAGCUGAACGUCAAAGAGAGGAACAAGAGCGCAUUGAAAUAGAACAACAACAACAACAAGAAACAGCCAGUGCCAAUAAAAAACAAAGGUUAGUGUAUCAUCCAGUAGCUCAUCCAAUGGUAGACACAAUGAAUGAUGAAGAUGAGCAAUAUUUUACUGAAAUUCACCAUUCAAACAUACAAGAGUUUUUGAAAGAAAAUGGUCUCACGAUCAUUGAUAAUGAUGCCACUAUUGUUGAAAAUGCCAUGGAAAGUGGCCAUCAUGUUGUACUUACAGAGGCAGGCAAAUUAGCUCUUACACAAACCAAGCCUAUCAAUGUAACUCCCAGAAAAAAGGUACAACUUAAUCCUAAGAAAGAAAGUUCAAAAAAAAUUGUGAAACUCAGGACUGAUCAAAUAAUGACACAAAGUCCACCUUCUGAGAGCACAUCAAAAGGACCAAAUAUUUUGAAAAGGAGUGGUAACAAUGAAAUGAAACGUGGAAAGAAAAUUAUUCUUACGCCAAUCGCACCAAUGCCAUCCACGUCUCAAAUGUUUAAUGUAGCUGACAACAGUACUGCUACAACAUCCAACGUUAGGAAUAAUAAUGUGAAUGUGUUAAAGUCAGAACCACUAAUAUUUCACAUGGAAGAUAAAAGUAUCGAAAAUAUUUUCGAGAUAAACAGUGAAAAAGAGCAAAUCACAAACAUAGAUGAGCUUAAUAGACAAUUAGCACAGGCUCGAAAACAAAUCAAAGAAUACCGGAGAAAAUUGAAAAAGAAGGAGGAAGAAGUUGAACUUUAUAAGAAACAGUUACAGAUUUUAAUGAAUAAGAAAACUUUGAAGUGAUUUCUACAGUGCCUGAUUACUCAAAACUUAUGAGAGGAAAUAUUAAAUUUAUACUAGUUAUCAUACAUGAAUUGUCUUUCUCGUUGAAAGAUGAAAAACUUUGGAUAGUCAAACGGU